CUGGAGUGCUCUGAAGAACUUGGCGAUCUUGUGAAAUCUGUGGACCCAACUCUCGCCCUGAGUGUCUAUUUGAGGGCAAAUGUUCCGAACAAGGUCAUCCAGUGUUUUGCUGAAACAGGGCAGUUCCAGAAGAUUGUACUUUAUGCGAAGAAGGUUGGAUACACUCCUGACUGGAUCUUCUUGCUGAGGAAUGUUAUGAGGAUUAGUCCAGAGCAGGGGCUGCAGUUCUCUCAGAUGCUGGUACAAGAUGAGGAGCCCCUGGCAGACAUCACGCAGAUUGUCGAUGUGUUCAUGGAAUACAACCUGAUCCAGCAGUGCACCUCCUUCCUGCUGGAUGCGCUCAAGAAUAAUCGUCCCUCAGAGGGCGCUCUCCAGACACGCCUGCUCGAGAUGAACCUCAUGCACGCCCCACAGGUUGCAGAUGCUAUUCUGGGUAACCAGAUGUUCACUCACUAUGACCGGGCCCACAUUGCACAGCUGUGUGAGAAAGCUGGCCUGCUGCAGCGAGCCUUGGAACACUACACAGAUCUGUAUGAUAUCAAACGAGCUGUUGUUCACACUCACCUUCUCAACCCUGAGUGGCUGGUGAACUUCUUUGGUGCCUUAUCGGUUGAGGACUCCCUAGAAUGCUUGAGGGCCAUGCUGUCUGCUAAUAUUCGUCAGAACCUGCAGAUUUGUGUCCAGGUGGCGUCCAAGUACCACGAGCAGCUCUCCACUCAGUCUCUCAUCGAGCUUUUUGAGUCUUUCAAGAGUUUUGAAGGACUGUUUUAUUUCCUGGGUUCAAUUGUAAACUUCAGCCAGGACCCAGAGGUUCACUUCAAGUACAUUCAGGCUGCCUGUAAGACUGGGCAGAUCAAAGAAGUGGAGAGAAUUUGCAGGGAAAGCAAUUGCUAUGACCCUGAGCGUGUGAAGAACUUCUUGAAGGACAUGUACAAGGAGGCCAAGCUGACAGAUCAGCUUCCAUUAAUCAUUGUGUGUGACCGAUUUGACUUUGUCCACGAUUUGGUUUUGUACCUCUACCGAAACAACCUGCAAAAAUACAUUGAGAUCUAUGUGCAAAAGGUGAACCCUAGCCGCCUCCCAGUGGUUAUUGGAGGGUUGCUGGAUGUGGAUUGUUCUGAGGAUGUCAUUAAGAACCUCAUUUUAGUUGUGAAGGGUCAGUUCUCCACUGACGAGCUGGUGGCUGAAGUUGAAAAACGGAACCGGUUGAAGUUGCUCCUGCCCUGGUUAGAAGCCCGCAUCCACGAAGGCUGUGAGGAACCCGCAACUCAUAAUGCUUUGGCCAAAAUCUACAUUGACAGUAACAACAAUCCUGAGCGAUUUCUCCGUGAGAAUCCAUUCUACGACAGCCGUGUGGUGGGCAAAUACUGCGAGAAGAGAGACCCUCAUUUGGCUUGUGUGGCUUAUGAGCGUGGCCAGUGUGACCAGGAGCUCAUUAAUGUAUGCAAUGAGAACUCCUUGUUUAAGAGCCUGUCCCGUUACCUUGUCCGCCGAAAGGACCCUGAACUUUGGGCCAGUGUGCUGCUGGAGAGCAACCCAUUCAGGAGGCCACUUAUUGACCAGGUUGUGCAGACUGCCCUGUCUGAAACACAGGACCCGGAGGAGGUGUCCGUAACUGUCAAAGCCUUCAUGACAGCUGAUCUUCCAAAUGAGCUCAUUGAACUGCUGGAGAAAAUUGUUCUGGACAAUUCUGUAUUCAGUGAGCACAGAAACCUUCAGAAUCUGUUGAUCCUUACUGCAAUCAAAGCAGACCGUACCCGUGUCAUGGAGUACAUUAACCGCUUGGAUAACUACGAUGCCCCUGAUAUUGCUAACAUAGCCAUUAGCAAUGAGCUCUUUGAAGAAGCUUUUGCCAUCUUCAGAAAGUUUGAUGUGAACACAUCUGCAGUCCAGGUGCUAAUUGAGCAUAUCGGUAAUCUGGAUCGGGCCUAUGAAUUUGCUGAACGCUGCAAUGAGCCAUCUGUGUGGAGCCAGCUUGCUAAAGCUCAACUGCAAAAGGGUUUAGUUAAGGAAGCUAUUGACUCCUAUAUUAAGGCUGAUGAUCCCUCGUCCUACAUGGAGGUUGUACAGGCAGCUGAUCAAAGUGGAAACUGGGAGGAUUUGGUGAAAUACCUCCAGAUGGCUCGGAAGAAGGCACGCGAGUCCUAUGUGGAGACCGAACUCAUCUUUGCUUUGGCAAAAACCAACCGCUUGGCAGAACUGGAGGAGUUUAUCAACGGGCCCAACAACGCUCAUAUCCAACAAGUGGGUGAUCGUUGCUAUGAUGAGAAAAUGUAUGAUGCAGCUAAGUUGCUCUAUAACAAUGUGUCCAACUUUGGCCGAUUGGCAUCAACACUGGUUCAUCUGGGGGAAUACCAAGCUGCAGUAGAUGGUGCCAGAAAGGCAAACAGCACUCGCACAUGGAAGGAGGUUUGCUUUGCUUGCGUAGAUGGGAACGAGUUCCGUCUGGCCCAGAUGUGUGGUCUUCACAUUGUUGUCCAUGCCGAUGAACUGGAAGAGCUCAUCAACUAUUAUCAGGACCGUGGCUACUUUGAGGAGCUGAUCACAAUGUUGGAAGCAGCUCUGGGUCUAGAGCGUGCUCAUAUGGGAAUGUUUACUGAACUGGCCAUCCUGUACUCCAAAUUCAAGCCGCAGAAAAUGAGGGAACACUUGGAACUCUUCUGGUCCAGAGUCAACAUUCCAAAGGUGCUGAGGGCUGCAGAGCAGGCUCAUCUGUGGGGAGAGCUGGUAUUCCUUUAUGACAAAUAUGAAGAGUUUGAUAAUGCUAUCAUCACAAUGAUGAACCACCCAACGGAUGCCUGGAAAGAGGGACAAUUCAAGGACAUCAUUACCAAGGUGGCCAAUGUCGAGCUGUAUUACAAGGCGAUCCAGUUUUACUUGGAGUUCAGACCCCUGUUACUGAAUGAUCUUCUGAUGGUGCUAUCCCCCCGGCUUGACCAUUCACGAGCUGUCACCUUCUUUUCCAAGGUUAAACAGCUUCCACUGGUCAAACCAUACCUAAGAUCUGUACAAAACCACAACAACAAGGCAGUAAAUGAAGCAGUUAACAAUCUCUUUAUCAUAGAGGAAGACUACCAGGCCCUCCGUACAUCCAUAGAUGCUUAUGACAACUUUGACAACAUUUCUCUGGCUCAACGCCUCGAGAAGCAUGAGCUAAUUGAAUUCAGGAGAAUUGCUGCUUACCUCUUCAAAGGCAACAAUCGCUGGAAGCAAAGUGUGGAGCUCUGCAAAAAGGAUAAACUUUACAAGGAUGCAAUGCAGUACGCCUCAGAGUCAAAAGACACAGAGCUAGCGGAGGAGCUGCUGCAGUGGUUCCUGCUGGAGGGAAAGAAGGAAUGCUUUGCCUCUUGCCUGUUCACCUGUUACGACAUGCUGAGGCCUGAUGUUGUCCUGGAAACUGCAUGGAGGCACAACAUCAUGGACUUCUCCAUGCCCUACUUUAUCCAGGUCAUGAGGGAGUACCUUUCGAAGGUUGAUGAAAUAAAAGACAAGGUUGAUAAACUUGAUGCUUCUGAAUCUCUGAGGAAAGAAGAGGAACAAGCAACAGAAACGCAACCCAUUGUCUAUGGUCAGCCACAGCUUAUGCUCACAGCAGGACCAAGUGUUGCUGUUCCUCCUCAGCAAGCUUAUGGCUAUGGCUACGCAGCACCAGCCGGGUUUGGGCAGGCACCCCCCCAACCUGGCUUUGGCUACGGCAUGUAAGGAACUUGAUCUGGAGUCGUCCAUCCUUGAAAUGCCCACCAGCCUAUUCUGGUCUUGUACUCACAACAGAGGAAAACAUGUAUUUUAUUUUUUUCUUAUUGUUUUCUUUAAACUUUGUUAUGAAGGACUCCAUUUUAUUUCUAUAUAAAAAAAAAUUUAAAAAUUUCACAGAGGUUUAACUUUUUUUUUCACAUUCCAUAUUAAUAACUAUGAUUUUUGUUUGUUUUUAUUUUAAAGGGUAAUGGUUUAAUGUAUGUACAAGUGGGCUUGUACAAUUCGAGUCUGCUUCUUAAAAUUAAAAACAGUGUCGUGAAGCAUCCGAUUUGCACUCUGUAGUGAGAAAAAACUAAUGUAGAAUCGAAAUUUUUUGAUGUAUGUGUGCAGCUUGUGUUCUGUUUGUAAAAUGCAUUUAAUUAUUGUAUAUUCAGAAAAAGCUACGAUGUUCUUAAUAUUUGAACAUAAGACUGCCGCUUCCAUGACUACAAACAAUAAACACUAAUAACCGUAUAUCCUACACAAUUGUGUGUAGCUCUAACAUUUUUUAUUUGAGAUGCAUACCGACAUGGUUUAAAAGGUGAGACCUUUUUAAUCCUUCCCAGCCUAUGCAGGUUCUCCGGUUAACCUUGUAGAAGUUGUUGGUGUCUUUUUGUUCACUCCAUGUGUAACAGAUGACCUGUUCUGUAUACCGUGCUCUUGUGUGGGACCAUUCCAUUUUUGAGGAGGGGAAAAAGCAGUUAUUCUGACCUGUGUGUAUUUACCAACCCCUUCCUUGUGCUGAGGUUAUGUAUGCUGGAUAUUGUGGUGUUUUAGGUCACUGUUUUGAGUGUACAGAAGAAAGAGUUUAAAAACCCGAAACCCUUGCUAUCCCGUCAGUUUUGUUUGUGCGGUUUGAAUUGAUGAUCAAAUUGAGAAUAAAAUUACAGGACUGUGGUAA